GAAGCACAUGGUGCCAAGCGGCAUCGUCGCUCAAGAAGACGUCCAUUUAACCAUCUUUUCCCAUUGCCCACUCGGCUCACCACGACUGUCUAGGAUGGUAUCACCAGAUGACCUUCCCUCUACACCUCCGCCGGCCCAUCGCCGGUUACCUGCUGCCCCGGAGCAAUUCAUCUGACACACGUUCAUCACCCCGCCCGUGGCAUCCCUGCCGUGGUCUUAGCGCCCCGCUCCGAAACCGCCGCGUCCUAUGAGACCCGUCCACUCUGACACACGAGGCCCGUCCACGUCCACGCUAUCCGCGAACCCUUCUUCCCUCGAACAGUGCGUCCGUGAUGCCAUGCCCGCCCGAAGCCAGGAAGUUCGACGACCCGGGCUUAUAAGGGUUCCCCAACCCACCCCGGCCGACGGUUCGACGCGCGACCGCCCUCGGACAUCCCGCCGCGCCGAUGCUCUCCGCGCUGAUGCUCCGCACGCUCGUGCUCGUCGCCGCAUCAGUCGGCCAGCUGGCCGCUGGCGCCGCCCUCCCCGCCAGCGCGAGCACCAGCAAGCACGACGUGACGCCGCUCCCGGACUACGUCCUCACCUUCGCCCCGCUCUCCUACCUCUACUCGGGCGAAUCCUGGUGGCCCGCGGACAUCGCCGACUUCGUGACGCACGUCACCCCCCAGGUCAACUUUGACGCCAUCCCGCCCUCACCCGUCACGCUCGAGAACGUGGCGACGCUGAACUCGUCCGUGUUCCUGACGAGCAACGACUUUGUGGAGGACGACGGCGGGCACGAUUGGCUCACGAACGCGGCCAACAUCCCGGACGAGACCGGGUAUACGCCGGCGCCGGCGACGAUCGUCGCCGUCGAGAAGCCGGGCGGCAUCCUCGACGCGUUCUAUUUUUACUUCUACGCGUUCGACCACGCCGCGUUCCUCGACAUCCCGUUCGGCAACCACGUCGGAGACUGGGAGCACUCUAUGGUCCGAUUCAUCAACGGCACGCCGACCGACAUCUACCUCUCCGCGCACAGCGGCGGCGCGGCAUACACCUACCCCGCCCUCGUCGCCCACAACUCGUCCGGCCGCGCGCAGACCUUCAUCGCCGUCGGCUCGCACGCGAACUACGCCACCUCGGGGGCGCAGCUCUACCCGCUCCCCGUCAUCGGCCCGCUCGCGGACCACACCAACUUUGGCCCCCUCUGGGACGUGGCGAAGAACUACCGCGGGUUCUGGUUCGAUAACAGCACGCAGACGUUUAGCGUCGCGGGAGGCGUGGAUAUCGGCGGGCAGGAGUUGGAGGGGGAGGGCGCGGGCUGGUUGGAGUUCCUCGGGAAGUGGGGGGACGAGCAGUAUCCGAUCGGGUUGGAGCACGAUCAGUAUUGCGUGAGCGACGACGAGUGUCAUUUCGUCAGCGGCCCUACCGGACCGAUCGCGAAGAACUUGGGACGGACGGCGGUAUGCCAGGACGAGAGCGGUUGCACGAUCAAGACUUCGAGGUAGAUUGCAUGGAAUGUUUCUACGACCACUUUUCACGACAGCUUUCAUCGCACGACGGACGGGUCAUUAUCUGGCGCUACCCUACCCAACUUCAACUGUGUAUCCAUACAACGUCAUUAUGAUAAGUUAUCCUCAACGAGUUGCAGUGUACCAGUCCCUGCG